AUGCAGUUGACCAAGAAUGGAGGUCUAAAUCAUCAUCCAACAUCAACAUCAAGACACAAUUCAUCCACUACUUCUGUUUUCCUGCUGCAAGAUCCAAAGACUAACUCAACUUCUCCCCGCUUUCGCAACCCACAGCUCUUCCUCACCGCUGCUGCCACGCUGGCCAUCGGCCCUGCCACAGUCUACGGCUACGCGCUUGCCGGCGCUUCCGUUCGUUACUACGACUACUGCAGACAAGACAACGCCCCUGCGGAUUCCCCCUACGACUCGGAUCCGAUCAUUCUCCACGAGAACAAGUGCGAGGAGGUGGAGAUGCUCCCGCCGCACUUUGGCUUCUACGCAGUGAACGGAAUCCCGCUCAACAAUGACGCUCGCUGGCACUGCGACGGUAUCCAGGUCUUCACGAACCGUCAUUGCGGUGGCGAGCCAGAUUUCGAGCUCCCUUUCAAUAACCCGCAUGAUGCGACUCUCGGAACUUGCCAUCCGAAGAUCUUUGGAUUCGUCUCGCUACGAUUGGACUGCAACCCUCACUAG